AUGACAACAACCAACACUACGCAGUCUAACUUUACGAGAUCUAAAAUGACCAAAGACGUUGGCUCAAUGGUCAACUCUAACAGCCGUUUCUCUCGGUUCGCUAUUGAACUCAACGAUAAGAAGGAAUCCAUCAUUGAAUCCUUCACCAACCGAGCAUGCUGUCAAUAUGAAAGUAGGAAAGAGGAGGGGCGGGAAUAUCUCGGUAGAGCCGGACAGCAAAUUUAUCCAACAUACGACCCAUCACAACCGUCACCGUCAUCAAGAUCCAAUCCAAUUAUUUUACGAGGAAUUAAUAUCUAUUCCUCUUUACACUAUUACCUCCAUCAACUCUAUAAAAUAUGGCGACCACUUUUCAAUGAAUUUUAA